AUGGGCCUUCACAAGCGACACACGCACGGGCGUGUCUUCCGUGGCCUUGAGGCCAGAGAGCAGCUCCAGAUCCGCAAGCGCGACAGCCAUGGUAGCAACGUCAAGAUGAACAUUCCCAAGAACUUCCAGCAGAAGGAGACGGUCGACGACACCCAGACCGCUGUCAAUGUGGUCUACGUCACCCUGUCCCAGACCUUCGACGGGCCUGCCAUCUAUUCGACUCUCGGUGAAUCUGCCACCAGCGCUCCCAAGUCCGACGCGCAAGCAACGGCGGCCAGCUCUGCCAACGAUGCUCAGGCCUCGUACGAGGCCGUCAAGUCCUCAGCUCAGGCAGGCAACAAGCCAAGCACCACCGCAACCUCUGUCGCAACCGUCACCCCUCACAGCAGUGAGGCAUCCCCAAUGACCACUCUGGCCACUGCGACCUCAGCACUCGCUGCCUCGAGCAUGGCUGCAAGCACAUCAAGCGACUCCCCUGCUGUCGUUGGUGGGACCCCUCUGUCGGCAACACGAAGCGCUACUCCUGACGCAUCCGAGCAAUCGAGUGGAAUGACCGGUGGCGCAAAGGCUGGCCUUGCCAUUGGUAUCCUCGCUAUCAUUGCUCUUGCGGCUGGUCUGAUCUUCUUCUGCUACCGCAGGAAGAAGUCUGCCAAGGCUCAUGAAGAGCUCAUGGACGAGAAGCACGGCAGCUUCGCCGAUGCUGGCGCAAGAAGGGUCGAAGCUGGUGGAAAGCGCGACUCGACAAUGACCGAGAGGGUUCCUGCCAGCUUAAGGUCUACCCGCACCGCCUCGACAGCACCACGUCUCAGCCUUCGUCCUGUUACCCAAUUCCUACCCAACCUCAGCGAACAGCCCAAGGCCAAUGGCAACAACCUUGAAGUAUCUGCUGCUGGCGUCUCUGAGAAGCCUCGAUCGGCUUGGGAGCGCGAGCCAGCGCAAGCUGCACAGAAUCCUUUCGCCGACGCCGACGCCACCAUGUUGUCCGAGAAGCAGGCCCGCCCAGACAGCCCACCAUCGAACCCAUUCGACGAGCCCGAAGGCAAGAAGUCCAGCGACUCGCAAGGCUCUGCUGGUGGCAUGAGCGCUGCUACUACUGCUGUUGGCGGUGCUGCCGCUGCCGCUGGUGCUGAGAAGAAGCACAGCCCCAAGUCAUCAUGGGAGGGCAGUGAACCACCAACUCCAAAGUCUACCAAGUUUGGAACCGCCGCCGCUGUCCCUGUCGCUGCUGCGGGAGCUGCCAGAGAUGUUCCACCACCUCGCGGCCCUAACAACGUCCACCGUGUCCAAUUGGACUUCAAGCCAAGCAUGGACGACGAGCUUGAACUCCGUUCCGGCCAGCUUGUGCGCAUGCUUCACGAGUAUGACGACGGCUGGCCAACAGGGUGUCGCACCCCGUACUUGCUUGUCAAAGCUUCCUGUAAAGCCACGACCCCAAGGCCCACCACCGCCGGGUUCUCGCCCCGGUACGGCUCAGGGCUCUCGCCGUCCAUCAAACCCACCGGCCCCAAACGGCGUUCCUGGCGCGGUGUAUCCGCGCCCUUUAACGCCGACCCAGUCGAGUCGCUCUCCGUCCCCGACGGAGACGAAUGGAGAGGCUUCGACUACGCAGGCUGGCGUCCCGGCGAGGAAGCCAGUCCCGGGCCAGGCAAUGUAGACCCUCCCUUUGGGGCCUACCGAGGUGAUCGGUCCUUCUCCGAUCCCUUCCCUUGCGUUGAUGAAUUACGUGCGGCGAUCAAUGACUACCUUUACAUACGGGGAUGGAAUGUUAGUCCUUCUACUUCACCUGCUGCCGAAGAUCGCAACCCACUCGACUCUGAUACCUCUCUUGCUGGCUUCCACUUCAACGACAGACACACCGAUCCGGGCGACGCUGGAGACAACGGUGGCGACAACACCCUGAGGCGGAUCAAUACUCUUGACACCUCACGCGUCUCUGCCGUUCCUCCAGUACCGCCACUGCCUCCUGUUCCGCCUGUUGCGCCCGAAGCUCAAACGCUUCCCAAUCUGUUUAAAGUACCGCUACCCAACGUACCGCCACCUCCACCGAUACCCAAACGAGCGAGCGUACGACAGAGCAGACGAGCGACGUUGAAAUACAAACGACAAACGCGAGGGCAGCGCAAGACUUUCCGCCAGUCAGAGUGGGGCGAUACUUGGGCUUUACUCGACUAUUAA